AUGGACCACCUCCCCAAAUUCCGCAGAAAACCAAAGAUCCCAACAAUCUCCACGACAGACGUCAAGACUCUUCCCUCCCGAAACGGCAUCGACGAACAGCCCCCCCAGCAGAUCUACCCCUCCUCCACCACCACCACCGUCACCGUCACCGGCGGCAGGUCCCCGACCCCGACGAAGCCCGGCUUGCGCAAAUCUGCCUUCCGCGGCCUCCACCUGCGCAGCCCGGCCAAGCGCGCGCGGUCUCCUCCCGCGGCCUCUCUGCCGCUGUCGCCAACACCGCCCGCCAUCGUCUCCCACGACGGCAUCACCUCCUCCCCGGCAUCGUCGAGACAGAAGGACAAGGAUGGGAGCGGAAGCGGCAGCAAAGACGACUCUGCCGCGUCGUUGUCGUCGUCGGGAAAGAACAGUCAGGAAAGCACCAGGCCGAAACCGAGGAUCCCGGCCUUCCUUGACCUUUCUGUACCAGAUCUAGAAAACAAGUUCCAGGAGCUCGUCUGGCUGGAACGCGAACGCCUGGCAGCCGGCCUCGCCCCCGACGCCGACGAGAACACAAAAUGGGGCUCUUACAAACAGACGGACCUGCGCAGGGGCGUGCAGGAUCGCUAUUUCAACAUCAAGCCCUGGAACCACAACCGCAUAAAGCUGCGCGUGCCCGCCGAGGAGCUCGACUACGUCAACGCCUCGACCAUAUCCCUCUCCUCGCCCUCGAACAAGGAGCUCCCUCCUUUGCGAUAUAUCGCGAUGCAGGGCCCGACUGAGAACUCGGUGGACUUCGUCUGGCGCAUGGUUGCGGAGCAGCUCACGUCCCCCGUUGUCAUUGUCCAACUGACAAGCUUUUUCGAGAGUAACCAGGUCAAAUGCUUCCCUUACUUACCGCUGGACGAGACGCAAGGGCCGUGGACAAUCAACGAGCUGGACGGCUGGAACGACGGCUGGAGCGCUACGCUGAGCUUCGACUCACUCACCACUCUGGAGGACGGCGCCAUCGAGGUUCGCAAGCUCCUGUUGCGCGUCGGCGACGAGGAGGAGGACCGCGUAAUCUGGCACCUCUUCUACACCAAGUGGCCCGACUUUGGUGUUCCCGCCGUCGAUGACCUUGCGAGUUUCUUCACGCUCAUGCGCCUGUCGCGCGAGUACAACACGACGCCGGAGAACCCGCGCAUCAUCCACUGCAGCGCCGGCGUUGGGCGCACGGGGACCUUCAUCACGCUGGAACACAUGAUGCGCGAGCUGGACGAGGGCGCGCUCGACGCCUAUGACGGCGACGGCGAGGGCGACGAUCUCAUCUUUGCGACCGUGGACGUCCUACGCGAGCAGCGCCGCAGCAUGGUCCAGGCCGAGUCGCAGUAUCUGUUCCUGUACCAGGUGCUGCGCAAACUGUGGCAGGAGAAGUACGACGUUGAGGACAGCGACGGCGACCGCGAACCCGCGGCUAAGAGGCUCGAGGUCGAGGAGCCGUCGACUGACUAA